AUGGCCCCGCGCAUUCAUUUUCGCAAUCGCAGACUACAACUAUUCAUGGCACCCAACACUUCGAACAAUGCUCAGAAAAUCCAACCAUCCACUCCAAUUCCCGCUAUCACUCUUACUCCACCCAAUUCCAAAUCAAUUCAUCUGCCCCUCAGGACCUGCAACGACAUGGGCCCCAUCGACCUUCAGGGGGGCAGCGACCUGAAUCCAACCUCCAAGACCAACGAUGUAGAGUCUAUCGCACCAGCAACACUUAUUUCUCCACCACCCUCCCCAACGUUGCUUCCUUCUAUUGAGGACGGAAAAUUCAAGGAGAAUGUCUUGCUUGACUCAGAAAAUCUUGCCCCCAUUACUCCUCCCAAGGGAAGGAAGAAGACUACCUCAAGCCCAAAAGAGAAGACUACCUCAAGCCCAAAAGAGAAGACUGCCCCCAGGCCAGAGAAGAAUGCAUCCCCUCAGACGCCACCAAAAGGCGAAAUCGAGAAUGGAAGCCCGCAGAGAGCUCGUCCAGAAACCUCGGACAUUGUGGUUCGCCGAAUGAUUGGCAGAGCCUUGGGACUGAAGAUUCCGAAGAAGGAGGAUGAGAAGACGGUUGCUGUUUCCGAGGCCAUGAAACUUCCGGGAAGGGAGGAACGGGCUGCCUGCUGGGAUGCUUUUAAGAAUGCCCAGAAACCGUAA